AUACAUCCUUUGAUCUUAGAAGCGCAUGCAUGCAAUAAAAGAGAACCACAAGCAAAAUUCACAAAAAUCACAAGUUAAUUAGUGGGCAAUCCAAUUUGAAGCGACACUGUCAACUCACAUUAGUUACUGUCACAACAUGACGGUCAUUCCUUUUGAUUCGGAUCAAGUAACCGUAUCAAACCAAUUAAACUGGCUUGACAUACGUUACUGUAUAUGAAGUGAAUUUAUCAGAUCAGGGGCAUUCCAAUUUCAACAUGAGGAAAGUGUACACAGUGCAAGAAAAGCUAGACGUUGUAAAGAAAGUUAGAGAUGGCGCUUCACAGGCCAGCGUGAGCCGCCAGUCCGGCGUUCCAGCGGGGACCAUCAGGGGGUGGAUAAAGAAUGAAGAAAAACUUCAGUCAGCCGCAGCCGAAUGCCACGACAGCAAAGGACCACAGACGAAGAGGAUCCGUGGAGCCAACGACACCACUCUGGACAAGGCCUUGUUCGACUGGUUCACACAAUCCAGACACGAUGGUAUUCCCCUUUCGGGUGAAAUACUUAAGGUCCAGGCCCAGAAGAUGUCGAGGCAGAUAAACGGGGACGACGACACCUUCAAGGCAAGUGAUGGCUGGUUGUGGAGGUUCAAGAGACGUCAUGGGAUCAAGUCCAUCACCGUCAGCGGGGAAUCUAAAUCUGCCGAUGUUGAAUCUGUUGCGGCAUAUCCAACGAUACUACGAGACAUCAUUGACACGGAAGGCCUGCAAGAUGAGCAGAUUUACAACGCAGAUGAGACCGGCCUGUACUAUCGGAUGCUUCCAGACAAGACUCUCGCCGAGAAAAAUGACCCCAGGCAGAAGACAGGGUUCAAGAAGGCCAAGCAACGUGUUACAGUGCUGCUUGCUUGUAACAAGACGGGACGCCAUAAGUUGAAGCCACUUGUUAUAGGAACAUCGAAGAACCCCCGCGCCCUCCACCACGUGAACCGCUCUACGUUGCCAGUGGUCUACCAAAGUUCCAAGAAUGCGUGGAUGAGGGCAUAGAUCUUCAAAGACUGGUUUUUUAAGAAUUUCAUCCCCGCCGUACGUCAUUACCUGAGACAACAAAAACUCGAAGAAAAAGCAAUCCUGCUUUUGGAUAACUGCCCAGCCCACCCCCCUGCCUCAACGUUGUCUUCACACGACGGCAAAAUCAAGGCCGUUCUCCUGCCGAAAAACACAACGUCAAUAAUACAGCCCUUGGAUCAAGGUAUAAUAAAGGCAUUUAAAUCACACUGCAAGAGGACACUUAUCACCAAUUUGCUGGAUUCCGCCAUGCCCCCAACAGACUACAUAAAGACGGUCACCAUGAAGGACGUAAUCUUCACAACACAUUACCCAUGGAGUCAGAUUACGUCAAGCACCAUUGACAAUUGCUGGAGAAAGGGACUGGGCAGCGCCUUUGAUGAAGAUUUUCUCGGCUUCACAGCUUCGCUGUUGCGAAGUACAAAGACUAUGCCGGCGAAGAAGCACUCGAUGUCGAUCCGUCUUCGGUUGAACUCUGGGUCGCAUGCGACAAUGACCUCCCGAGCUCAGAAAGCAAAUCCGAUGACCAGCUGAUCGAGGACGCCCGAUCAAGAAGCGAUGAUGAAGAUGAAGAUGAAGAUGCUGAACCAUUACAGCCGCCUCCCGGUGUCCCCGGACGUACAGCGGAAGAAGCGUUAGCCUGUUUGGAGGUUUCGAUACAAUAUAUCCAACAGAACCCCAAUAGCUCGUUCAAUUCUACGACCUUGCUCCACGCAAAACUUCUCUUGGAUAUGAUGAGGAGGGAUGUUGUUAAGUCAAAGAAACAGCAAUGCAUAACGAAUUAUUUUAAAUGAGAGAUAACUACUCGAUCGGACAAUAUGUUAUUAUGUACAAUGUCACUACCAUUAUCGAUCGAUAUUGACAUGUAAGUAGGCUAAUAUCACGUUGAAUGUGACAGUUAAGGCUUGUAAAUAAUAACAAACGACGAAAACACAAUGGGAAUAUCUUUAUAUUUACACUAUGAACAACCUGUAUCAUUGCAAUGUGCGAUACAAGGCGAAGAUCGUGAGAUUGGCCGAGCGCGCUCCCCUGCCUCGGCCUCGGUUAAACGGCUCAUCGUCUAUAGCGCCCACCAAUUAUUUGGACCCCAUUGGUAGCGUUGUAGCGAGG